GUGUGCAGCCAAGUUUCAAUCACGUCCAUCUCCAGCCAUCUUCCAUCUUCCCCAGGCAACGUGUUUGAGAGUUGCUGAACAACAAAGAACAAGAAUUGACGGAUGUCGAACACGAUGUUGAUUCGAAAGCUCUUGAAACGUCUGUUUCAAGUGUUGGCGACGCUCGCAACUUCAUCUGCACGGCGACUACUCAUUCUCGUACCAUACUUUCGACGCUUUGUGGCCAAGGUUAAUGCUCCAAUCUCACAUGGUACUGACUCCAAGUUUACCACUGUAGACUCGUGUUGUACUGUCUUGACCGGGACUUCUAGUGCCCGAUGUUCCCAGUCUACCUUACCAUUGCCACUUCAUACUACUCCGUCGAGUGUAGCGAACCCCGUGGCUUCAGUACCUCCGUGUGCUGUGCCUGUUUCAGGCGUUCCCCAGCAUGCUAAUCCGCCACAGCCACCUUUGCCUCUAGCUGUCGGUAAUGCAAUCUCUGCCAAUGGCCUCCCCAUCACUCUCCAUUUUGUGCCAUCCGCUGUAGAUCACAAAUCACGAUAUGACAAUCGUCCUUUUGUAGAUACAUCUCGCUCUAGCGGAAUUCCAGCAUUCACGAGGACCUUCCCCAACCAAUCAUGUCCUUGGUUGAACGGUGACUGGCAACGGUGUGUACAUCCCGAAGGCGCGCUGUAUUUGUACAAUGACCGCAAGGUAAGCAAUGCACAUUUAUCUUUGGCCAUCGACAAUGACGCCUACAGAGAACGUUCACUGAAGCACACAUUAACGAAUAUUCGUUCCGCUUGAUGGACAGAUGUGCGGAUGAGCUAUACGACCUGGCACGCACAAAAUUACCAAACAUUGACGCUGAUGAUAUCGAGCUCGUCGUGCAGGUAGUACUGAACCAAGCAGAUUUGUGUCAGUACUACUUCGUUGACCAUGCAACCCGAACUCUCUUUUGGCUGCACGAUUACGAUCGAGAGACGGAGAAUAAUAUAUUUGAUGGGUUUUCAGGCGUCUGUGAUCUGAGUCAUAUUCGAUACGCCUUGGAGUCUCAAUACUGG